CUGCUCGUCUUGGAGCUGUCAUUGUUGAUUAAUGUGGUGAUGGUGGUACUUGUGCGUCAGCCUUUCGUUUGUUUGAAUGACCUCUUGACUAAGACAAGUAGUCCAGGCUCCUUCAUUCGACCAGGAUUUUUCUCCACUGCACAGGAUAACUUUUCCUUUCUUGCCAGGAUUAAGUUUCUUCGUACAGGAUUCCUCCAUAUCGACUGACACGACACUUGUGUACUUGAGGCUCGUAAUAAUAUCGAAGCGUUUACUACGAAUUUCCGUUUGACUUAAGCGUUACAUGAUUUUGGCGUGUUCAGUGUUUUACAGUAAUUUGGUCUUGAAAUACAUUAGGCUAAUUCCUUUUAUGAGGGUACAAAGUCGUCAUAUGUUGGCUUCGGGUUCCUCUCACCCAGUGAAAGACUGUAGACUGCCUACAACUAGUUACACUUGUUCGCCUGUGCACACUACUCCAAUGAGUUACACCUGCCCUCCACCUGUCGUAGUUAAGGUGCACUUCAAGAAGCACGUUAGAGACAACCCAGUGCUUGCUGCUGCUGUGCAGGAAGCGGAUGAAGCCAGGCUGGCGCGACUCCAACAGAGGCAACAACAGCCAGUGGAGUGCUGCUAUAAAAUAUCUCCCACUUUGCACGAUGCCCUCUUCCCGCAGAGCUUGCCAAGUCCUGGCCUGGAACAGCGUUUGGCCCCCUCCAGGUGUACCAGGGCCAGCACUAGUGAGUCCAAGGAGCCUUCCCAAGACGGCACCAUUCCUCAUGACAGUACCCCCUCGGUAGGAGAGACUUCGAGCCAAAAGAAUGGUCAUAAUGGCUGGAUGGAAUUCAUAAGACGGGUCCUACGCACUUUCAUUCCAUUCUGUAAGGAGGUAGUAGACUCGUGAAGACUUCUGGACUACGGUUGUGUUCAAGCGUUUAAGGAGCAGUGUUUAAGAUUGUUUUUCUUUAAACUUGUGCUUUUUAGUUCAGCUUUUGAUGGACCAUGCAAAAAAUUUAUCUUUUGUGAAUUAAACUUCUCCCGCAGUCUUGCUCAGAGACGAUCACGUCCUUCACAACUGUGUUUUUGCAAGUGAAUGAAAUUGUCACUAAAUAUAUUUAAUAUUUAGUAACAAGUGGAACUAGUUAUAGCCAUUUAUUUCUUCAGCUAAACAGUUUCUUCGUUGACAAAUACAUAUUCGUAUGCUUGUUGCCAUAUUUUGAGUAAUACUAAAUUUUAUACUAGGCAUGCUUUAUUUUUGUGUAUAAUACUUUCUACAGAAAACCUUUCAAAGAA